AUGCCAAGCAAUGGGGAUACUGAGCAGCGCACCGAGUUCUUUCCGCAGUAUUGCCAGGUCAAGGCCUACCCGUCCAUGGGUGGGGUCGUCCUUGGCUUCUUCACUGCUGUCCAGCUCAAGGAGCUUGGCCUUUCCAACAUGGUGCCGACGCCGCGUUCGCAUAACGAUACCGAGGAGGACAACCUUGCCCUUUCCAUGAUGCGACAGGGAGCACAUUGGUGGCCGACUUGGGACCUGUACCAGCGCCACUACGACUGCCUCACCGACAAGCUUGUACCGUAUGACUUUCACUUUCCACCACGCAUCAAUGUUGGGUACCCAUCUUCCGGCAGUGGAGUCUGGGUGUUCAAGUUCUCAGAAGACAGGAUGAUGCUCAAUGACGAGGAGCCCAUCAAGCCUUCACUGGAAUACAUGCCGGAUGAUUGGUACGGACGGAUCAACAUGGCAGUCACGGCCGAUGAGAGGUGCGACGUGCUCAAGUCAUUUGGUGCCAGAUUCUAUGAAGAAGUCAAGGAGUGCGAGGACAUUCCAAAUACCCUCGAGGAAGGACGUCUGAGAGGCGAGAGGUACGCGUUGCUGCUGCGUAAGAUGGAAGACGACGAUUAUCUGGACAGGUGGCUGGAACAUGGCGUGGCGGACACGGUUUGA